AUGACGGAGAACUUGUAUGUAUUGGCUCCCAAAGCCGUUUUUUCCAAAGCUGCUAGUUUGCCGUAUAUAAUCAAGCGACAGCAAACAUUUGCAACAGUCUGCAGUCUACUAGGGAAUGACAAUGAAAAGAUUCCAAAACAGUUGGUUUUUAUGUUUGAAGAAUUCCUUUCCAAUUUAUUACUACAAGCAGGGAAAAGUCAGGACAACAGAGUUGCUACCAUUAUAUUGACAGACAAAAGUUUCAUUUGUAUUCUCCAACACCUUGUUUUGUCAAAUGAGGACAUAGUCUCCACCAAAGCACUGCAGCUACUGGCAUUACUUGUACUCCAGCAGGCAGAUUUUAGUAUUCCACAUCUUAUUAAAAAUCAGGUUCAACUGCAAUUGGCAUGGCUUCUAGAAAGAACUAAGUCCAAAGUAUAUCUCCAGCAGAUCAGUGUUCUACAGUUCUGGGCGGUCUAUUUCUCCACUCACUUUUCUGGAUCGUGUGCUAUAGUGGAGAUACUGGAUGACACAGAUCACACAGAUCUUGUGGGUCGAGACGAUACACAAUUAAACAUGAAGACCCAGUAUUUGAGGAAGUUGCUUAUUUACAUUCAGCAGGCUGUUUUUAAGGAAAAUAGGCAUUUGCAGUGCGUUGCUGUUAUUUGUCUUCACAACUUGCUGACACGAUACUUAAAACCACAGGUAUUAAAAACAGGUAAUAUUUUCAGCUAA